AUGGCCGACAGCAACAACAUCAAUGACGAUGACUAUGUUGCCAAAUUACUCGCCGAAGACGCUCGACAAAGUUCCAAGCGAUACUCGUCUAUCGGUCUUGCGGCAUUGAUACCCAAAAGACCCACCGGUUCGGCUCCCAAGCCCAACACCCGCUUCCUGCAAAGCCUGGUCCGAGACGUCAAUACUCAUAAUGAAGCCUUGAAGAAGAAAGAGGAACUUGAGGCCAGGAUUCAUCUACGACAGAUCAGAGACCGCGAGUCCGGAAAUCGAGUAGAAAAGACCAAGGGACACAGACAUGGAUACGAUGAAUCCCGCGAGAGGAGAAGAGACAAAGACCAGCAUGACCGAGGCUCGAAACGUCGAAGAUUAAAUGACGACGACCAGGACGAAUACCACCAUAGAAAUCAUAGGAGGAGGGAUGAUGAUCGCCGACACUCGCGAAAACAUAGGCUUUCGCCACAGUCGAGAAGCCCUUCACCGGAGCGAAGCAAAACUGGCAGAAGCCGGUCCGAAAGAGAGUCUGAAACUGCCACUCGCACACCACGUGAACCCAGACCGGACGACCAUCGCAAAAGAAAUCGCCGACGCUCAAGGUCAAGGUCCAGAUCAAAAAGUCCUCACCGAACCGAAGAUCCAAAACGCCGUAGUCGACCCUCUCUAAAACCAUCCUCCUCCUCCUCUCAAUCUCGAUCACACGUUCAGAAAAACCCUCAUCCCACUCGUCCCCGUCGCAUUUCCACCUCCAGCUCCAGCUCCACCUCGAGUUCAACAACAUCAACCAACGACUCCGAUCCCCUAUCUUCAAUCAUUGGCCCCCGCCCACCAUCUCCAACCAUCCAACGCGGCCGGGGAUUCACAUAUCCCAAGGACCCUACUUCGACAACAAUCGACGAUCGAUUCUCCAGCACAUACGACCCUCAAAACGACAUAUCCACCCAUGAUAAAGACACCACCGCUAUCGACGACGACGAUUGGGCCAACGCCCUCGAAGCCCUCCGUGACCGUCAGGCUCUACGCAUGAAACAAGCAGAUCGAAUGCGCGACGCUGGAUUCGACGAGCAUGUCAUUCGGAAGUGGAAAGAUGGUAGUAAUUCAUUAUUCACGAAAUCAAAAUCGAAUGAGCGGUCUGGGUUUGGAGGAGGAGGUGGUGAUGGUGGUGAUGGUGGUGAUGGUGACAUCAAUGAUGUGAAAUGGCGGAAGAGAGGGGAGGAGAAGGAAUGGGAUCAGGGAAAGAUUGAUCUGGAUCCAGACUGA